CCCUUUCUGUCAUUCCUGGAUUUGUUCUGAGGUCUGACUUUGUCUCGAAGAUUGGGCGUCGAGGACUUUGAACAACCUAACUCAAAAAUCAUUUUUUUCUUCAAGUAAUGGACAUUUGAUUACUAUUUUUGCCUCCAGUUUGUUGAAGAAGGAAAAGAUAGCUUUUAACUUCCACUACCCCGCCCAUAAAAGCAGUUUUUCAGCCAUUAAGUUUGUUAUAAAACCAUGACGGUUAACGUUAUAAAACUGAUGAAAUAAGGAAUAGAUGUUGCUGUAAAGCACAAUAUAAUAAGUACCCGAGACGCUGAGGAGAGGUAUUUAUAAGAUGGCAGUGGGCCCGGUGGACCCCAGAGAGAUCCUGAAGGGCGUGGAGGCGCUUCUGGGGAAGGAUGGAGAGCUGCGCAGCCUGGAAGGAGUCCCCAAAGUGUUCAGUCUGAUGAAAGCCUCACACAAGAUGGUCAGCAGGUGUAUGUACCUGAACAUCUUACUGCAGACCAAAUCCCACGACGUGCUCAACAGGUUUAUCCGUGUCGGGGGCUACAAGCUGCUCAACGCAUGGCUCACCUACGCCAAGAGCACCACCAACACUCCUCUGCUGCAGCUCAUCCUGCUCACCCUGCAGAAGCUGCCCCUCAAGGUGGACCACCUCAAACAGAACAACACAGCUAAGCUGGUGAAGCAACUGAGCAAAUCUGGAGAGACAGAGGAGCUGAGGAAGCUGGCUGCCGUGCUGGUGGAAGGCUGGAUGGCCAUCAUCCGCUCGCAGAGCGUGUCCGCCAGUGGGGUUUCUCCCGCAGAUAAGAAACGAAAGAAGGAGGAGGGGAAGGUGCUGACGCGGGACCCAAAGAUCGAAGCAGCAAAGGUGGCAGAGGAGGAGAAGAAGAAGGAGAAGCCCAAGGCUCACGCUCCGAGCCACGCCAAGAUCCGCUCCAUAGGACUUGAGAUGGACACCCCCACUCCUGUUCCCAUCAAGAAGCCCCCCGUGCCCCUCCAGCUGGGGGACAAGUACAACAUCAAGCCCGCUCUUCUCAAGAGACCCAGCUCUGGUCCAGGGGAUGCCCCCCCGGUAGAGAAGAAAUACAAACCACUCAACAUGUCCACCAACUCCACCAAAGAGAUCAAAGUCAAGAUCAUCCCUGCACAACCUAUCGAGUGCACAGGGUUCCUGGACGCGCUCAACUCCGCGCCAGUGGUCGGCCACAAGAUCAAGAAGAAGAAGCUCAAUGCCAAGGCGGUCUCUCCAACGUCCAACAAGCCGAGUCCGUUUGACGGCAAAGCGUCUUCCUACCCGUCGUCCCAGGGCCGUCCCUCGUCCCCGGACGCCCCUGCCUCCACCUCGCCCCCCAACGAGCCCCAGGAGCUGGAGCAGCCCGGCACCCCUGUGCCUGCCGACGACCCCGAGGCCGCCGAGAACGGUGACAAGCCCAACGCCCUGGCAGAGCCCCGGGGCGAGGAGGAGACUCUGACCAAGAAAGGCAAGAAGAAGAAGAGCGUCCGCUGGGCGGAGGAGGAGCAGCUGAAGGAGUACUUCUACUUUGACCUGGACGAGACGGAGAGAGUCAACGUCAACAAGGUCAAGGACUUUGGCGAGGCGGCCAAGCGCGAGCUGAUGAUGGACCGCCACACGUUUGAGAUGUCCCGCCGGCUCUCCCACGACACCAUGGAGGAGAGGGUCCCCUGGACGCCCCCCCGGCCCCUCACCCUCACGGGCUCCCUGGCCGCCUCGGGGGCCAACAGCAAGGAGAAGCUCACCCAGAGAGAUCGGGAGAUGGGCAUCCUGCAGGAGAUCUUCCUCACCAAAGAGAGUGUGCCUGACUGCCCACAUGAGCCGGACCCAGAGGCCUAUGAGCCCAUGCCUCCACGCCUCAUUCCUCUCGACGAGGACUCUACCAUGAUGGAUGACAGCUACCCAGAGCCCAUGGACACCACUCCCCAGCCAGGCCCCGCCGGGGUCCCCAUCGAGGGCUCCAAGCUGCCCCCUGUCCUGGCCAACCUCAUCAAGUUGGGCACCAGCGGACCCAGCCCCCAGGCAGUGGGCACGCCCGGCGGCCCCGUGGUGCCGCCCUCCGUCAACGUCCAGGAGCUCCUGUCCUCCAUCAUGGGCGCCCAGGGCACACAGUCCACCGAGGACCUGAUCAAGCAGCCCGACUUCUCUGACAAGAUCAAGCAGCUGCUGGGCUCUCUGCAGCAGACCCAGAACCAGACCCCCCCCAUCGGACCCCCCCCCGGAGUGAACCAGGGCUUGCUCGGACACGGCCCAGGCAUGAACAACAUGAACAUGGGCAACAUGAACAUGGGCAUGCAGAUGCCCAUGAACGGAGGCUACCCUCCCAACAAGCCCCCAGGCGCCCCCCCGCACUUUAACCACCCCCCGCCCCCGCACAACCACGGGCCCCCCUUCAAUGCCGGGGGCGGCCCCCGCAUGAUGGGCCCCCCGCCGGGCCAGGGGCGAGGCGGAGACAACGGCAACUACUGGGGAGACGACUCCAUGAGGGGCGGGCCCCACCGGGGGGGCGGCGGGGGGGGGCACUUCCACCGUGGCCGAGGCAGGGGAGGGGAGCAGGGGUUUAGAGGUCGCGGACGAGGGGGUCCUAGAGGAGGCCUCAACAACAUGGGAGACAUGUCCAAGAGACCUGUGUGUCGCCAUUUCAUGAUGAAGGGUAACUGCCGCUACGAGAGCAACUGUGCUUUCUACCACCCUGGAGUGAACGGACCCCCGCUGCCCCCCAAUCACCCGGCCAACAGUCAGCACAGCCAGCACCCCCCCCACCCUCAACAUGGACACUAGAUGUGACAACUCCCCGCACACACACUCUUCUCCACUAGGUGGCCGGCAUCCGGUACCGGCAACCAGAACCAGGGCUUCCUGAGAGACUUGCCCAGCUUUGUCCUGCAGCAAUCAAAGACUGAAACUAAAGAGCUUUUACAGGAUGCUACCACUAUGGUUGUCCUAGGGCUGUGGUGGGACUUGUCAUGAUGACACAAGACUGGGGAAACACAAACUGAAGAGGGUGCAAGUACGCCUGGUUUUGGACUCAAGUUCUUCCUUCAGAACACACUGAGCUGGAAGCGUCACAUGCCAGUCACAUCUGAAGAACAGAGCCUGCAUUAGCUGAUAACUAAGCGCCCCCCCCCCCCCCCCCAUCAGGGCACAGUACACACAAACACACCCUCUUUCUCCCUCUCGAUCUCCCCCUCUUGCUUUCUUUCUACCCCCCUCUCUGGGAACACGUAGGGGAAGGAUAGCUGUGAGAUGAAUAUGAUCCAGGAUUAUAGGUGUACAGAUAUUUUAUUGCGAUCAUUUUUAACACCACAGUUGUUCCCAGAGUAAUGACCACUAUUUAUGGAGGGGGGGUUUGCACGCCUCUCACUGUAUCUGGCCCGCGUCUCGCCCCGCUGCAGCGCUCCAGGCCAGCUAUGCUUAUGGGAUCUAAUACUGACUCCUCCAUGGUUUCACUUGGUUUAGUCCAAUCACCAAUGGGCAUAAACCCCCUUAACUGUCCCCACCAUGAACCUGUAAAAGAUGAGCAGCUCACCGUGAGAUCUCACAGUGAGAGUCAGCUCACCAGGACAUGAGCCCUGGACAGCCAGGGCCAGAUGAACUCCCAGGUGGAAAAUCUUGCACUGUUUCCAAUUGUGGUCCUGUUUCUCAUAUGAAAAGCUUCUAGAAGCCAGUUGAUAUAUAUCACAUCUUAUAGUAAGGUGGCUUCCGUUGAAAUGAAUGUCGUAUUCACCAAAUAUUUCCUAGGCAGUGAUGUAUGAACGUGUGAUUUAGUGAGCCAGCUCUCCCUCUCCCAGGGCAACUUGGAUCACGGGGUCAGCUGCUCUGCUCAUUCAGAUGCACAGGGCGACCGUAGAGAUAUAUAUCUUUUUUUUUUCUCUCUCCAUCAAACUUAGGAAGCACUUUGAAAAAUGGCAUUAGCAUUAGUGCUAGUAAAUUAGAGCCAAUCCCAUGCCUAACCUGCCCACUAAUGACUGAUCUAGCCUUUAGUCUUCAUUGGCUUUCCCAUGGGACAUAUUCUGUAAGAAAGGCCUAAGGCCUUGAAUGUUUCCCUAAGAUAAUCGAUCAUACCAUAGUCUUUAAUUUAUGUAAUUGACCAACCCAGACGAAUGGCUUCUGGAAUAUGUAUAUAUGUUUUAUUUGACCGACCUGAGGGCCUUUGUGGAAGUGCUAGUUUGCCUUGCAGUGACUGGUAAGGCAUAUAUCAGACUGUCAGUUGUCAUUGUGCCGGAGACGGCCUGACCGCAGACUUCCUGGUUUCUCCAAGCCCCGGUGUCGUGAGGGCCUCCUGAUCCUCCCGUAGGACUUAGCAACAGGAUUACAUGUGACAAUCAUGAAGGUUAAAAGUCCUCGAUUCCCAUCGGCAUCCACUUGCUUCUUAGCUCUGCUCCGUCACCUGCUCUGCUGGACCUGCGUGCAUGGGCAUCCGAGGGCAUGGGCUCACCGAGGGCAUCGGGUCAUCGAGGGCGUCUUCAUUGUUACACGAAGCUCAAUUGAAAUCAAUUAUUCUCUGGGUCAACAAUUUCAAGUGUUUUCUGUGAAAACAGUGGCCUUCAUGUCUCUUGUGGGACUGUAAUAGUGUCGUCUCCUUUUUAUUUUCAGUUUCUUCUGUUUUUAUUUUUAUACAAAUGUUGAUUUCGGGCGAAGUCCAGUUUUUUGUUUUGAGAUGUUUGUAUUGAUGUGGUUGUGUAAAUACGUACACACACAUUCAUACACAUACAGUAUAAGUAUUUUGUACAUGAAGUAAUAAAUGUUAUAAAAUUA